AUGCCCUCCUCUGCCCGUCCCCGCCAGGACGACAAGGAACGCACUGCCAGAGCACAGGACCAGGAGUUCAAGCGCGCGAGGGGUGCCAUAUCUUGCGCAGAAUGCCGCCGUCUCAAGCUCAAAUUCAUCCUUGCAGACACGGAUCGCCUCCACCGCAAAAUCGCAGAAAUGAGCGACCGCAUCCGCCAACUCGAGGACGCACUUGCCAUCACCCACUCGAGUGUCUCUCGUGAUCCCCAUCCCCUCAUGAAUCGCGACCUUCUUAAAAUCAAGUCCGGUCUCGAACUUCAUUCUGCCGCAAGCGCGCUUGGUCUAGCUGAGGAUGCAGAUGAAGGCUCCGAGACAAAGGUCGAAGAGUCUCAGUAUAUCGACGCGUUUGGCACGCUCGCUGUGCGCGAUGACGGUGCAGCCACCUUCUAUGGGAGAUCAGCGGGUUCGGAGAGUCUUCUUCUUGACGAAUCCCCGGCGCACGCUGCGCCUCUCGUCACGCGCCCGCAUGGCUCGCGAAAUCACCUCCCCGCUGCUCUCACUCGACUUACGACGUCCUUCCCCUCCGCACCAUCCAAUGUGAUUGCAGAGGACAUGCAGGAACUUAUAGAAGAGCAUCUUCCACCGUGGCCACGUGCCGCGCAGCUGUGCGACCUCUAUCUCGAGCAGGCGCCGUGGUUUUUUGGUGCUGUAACGCGCCGGCAACUUGUGGAAGAGGUACUCCCGCUCUUCUAUCCCGACGCUGUUGAGUUUCGGGAUGCCGGUGCGGGAAAUGGCAGUGGCAGCAUCGAGGCAGGCGCGGCGCUGUCCUCGUCUGCGGCUGCCUUUGGUUUGCCGCAGAACCGUGCAGGCGGCGGGUCGUCCCAUGAUCUUGCACUGUUGUUUGUAAUAUUUUGCUUUGGGGCACUGACAGAUGAGACGCUUCCACCGGCACCACAUAAUCAGGAGGCGGAGCGAUAUUUCCAGCUGACGAGGGCUGCGCUAAAUGUGGAGCCUGUGUUAGAACGCCCACCCAGUGUUGUAACGGUGCAAACCUUGAGUCUUAUGGCGAUCUACCAGGGCUUGGUGGCAGACGAGAACAGUAUCGAGAGUACGUGGGCUCUAAUGGGACUGAGCUCAAAGCUAGCGCAAAGUAUUGGUUUGCAUCGAGACUGUGCACGUUGGAAACUCGCUCCCGCGGAGGUGCAAAAACGGCGCGCACUCUUCUGGGAAUUGUUCAUUACUGACUGCUGGCAAGCACUUGCUACGGGUCGCCUCCCGACCUUCUCGCUUCCAUUCGUGGACACGGAGCUUCCUGCAGACCCCAACGAGACCAUGGCGGACGACGGCACCCCGCAACCGAGCUUCCCCGCUUGGAAGGCACGGUGGGGUAAAGAGUGUGUCGCAGAGGUUGUUCAAGGCACACUCACGUCGCGUGCGCCGAAGUAUACUGUUAUUCUUGAGCUCGAUCGGAAAUUGCGGGAUAUGACGAUGCCGAAGUAUGCGCAGGGACAGCCACCCCAAGGUGCAGGACUUUCGCAAACGAUGUCGCAUUUCAUGCCCAUCAAUUACCUCCAUCUGACAUUGCUAUAUGUUCAUCGAUGUUUCUUCGCGCAAGCGCUCCAGGACCACCCGAUGGACCCCCUUCGAAGCCAGUAUGCGCCUUCCUUCCUCGCCGGAUAUCGCAGUGCAUGUGCACUGCUGGGGAGCAUCCGCGAACAAUUCAAUAUGUUCCCGGUGCAAAUUGCAAGAUUCUGGGUGCUAUGGACGCAUGGUUUCUCGUCGGCGGUGAUGCUAGCCUCGGUUGUCACGCACGGUGGUACCACCAAAACGGCCCAAGCGGCACUGGGAGAGCUUGGCCUCGCGCGCGAGUUGUUUGAUAAGGCCGCCCAGUUAGGUGGACGCGCCGUGAAGUUUUUGCCCAUUAUUCGACGUCUGUAUGACAAGGCAUAUCAUACAUAUACACAGGGGCGGCCUGUGCAAGAUAUCUUCACGUCGCGAGCGGCCGGCACUGUGCCUGACGAGCUCUCUAUCUUCAGUGGGCGCACGCGUACAGUCGCUACAAGGUCGAAUAAGCCUUUGCGCGCCCGCUCUGCUUCGCGCCGGCGGCCUACAGAGGCAAGUGCAUCGUCGACUACGCCCACCUCGCCCGAAUCUACCACGGGUUCUGGCUCAGGGCGCAGCUCAGAGUCUCCUACAAUCACGGCAGGGGAGACAUUCCCCGCGCUGGAGUCGUAUGGUAACUCGGUGCAUCCGAUGCUCGUUGAUCAGAUGCACGCGUUUAACGGCGAGCUCGAUGCACAAAUCAGCAGCAUGAGCACGUACUAUAUGAGCCAGAAGCCGAGCGAGUACCAUCAGCAGCAGAUCCAGGAGCAGCAGCAGCAAAUACAGCACGAACAACAACGCCAACACCAGCAGUAUCAAAGUCCGCCGCAGUAUGAUAGCCCACAACAUGAGCAGUGGUACAACACUCCUGCGCAUGAGUCUAUGCCGCCCCCUCCGCCUCCGCCGCAGGUCGUGCACCAGGCGCACCCCGCCUCGCAGCUCGUUCCGGUUAACUCACAGCAAUUCCAGCAGCAGGCUCAUCCUGAUCCGGCGCACGGCUAUCCUGCAUACGACCCUCCCCACACCACCACCGAGCAACAGUACUACUCGCAUGGCGUCCCUGCGCCUGCUGCGUCCGACACCCAUCCGGGAUACGCCACCCACCAACAGCCCCCGCGCUCGGAGCUCUGGCGCGUCCCGCCGUCCGCGCAGGCACCAGUGCCAUCCGACGAGCCGAUGUAUCAUAACUACCAACCCGACUACCACAACAAUGUGCAGUCUACACAGCCGGUGCAGCCCAUACAAUCCAUGCCACCAAUGCAGCCUGUGCAAUCUGCCCAAGCCGUACCACAGCAGACCCAGUACCGACCUGUCCCGAGCCUCAGCAGGCAUCCGAGCAUGAGCCAGAUGCAUGUCCAGUAUCAACAGCAGCCCCAGGAGCAACACUAUCCGCAGAUGAUGGCUCUGCCCCCGCAGCCGCGGCCACCGGCGAUACUGCCUGUGCAGCACACGUACAGCUUGCAGGAGACGUGGCAGUCGUUCAUGCAGCACGAGCUGCCCGCACCGGUUCCUCAGCCAGCGGCCCCUCAGGCGUAUAUGCGGCAGUAA